AUGUCCGAACGAGUCCGACGAGGGAAAUAUGCCCGGUUGAUAUGUCGGGGCUGUCGAUCCCGGAAGAUCAAAUGUGUGCUGCCUAGUGUACACGACCUGGGGCCCUUGAAUACCCCCCAGCCAAUAGAGAAGUGCUGCGACCGGUGUCGAAACCUCAACUUGGAAUGUGUAGUGGAUUAUACAUUGCUCGGACGGCCUCAAUCCAAACGCAGUCGGCUCCAAAGCUCGGAAGAUAGAAGUCCAAACACCCACUCGGAUUCUGUGCCCGAGGAAGGUAUUCCAGUCAUUUCGAGUUUGGAUAUCCAAGACUUUCUCUUCGCCGAUGAGGGAGAUGGCAUUCUAUCUCAAGACCACCAACCUGAUCUCGCUCGCUCGACGCGAAAAGAAGAGAUAUUUCAAUCCAUGAUUCAGGCGAAUUAUUUCUUCAUCUCGGUCCUGGCCAAAGACCGCGCGUUCGGCGCUGACAUUCCCCAUGCGACCUCAAACUGGAACACACCUCUGCCGGAUCUGAUCAGUCAUGAACUGGCAGCAUCCUUCGAUGAAUGCUUGGUUUGGCAUCGGCUCUUUCUCCCAAAACUGCCCACUCUCGUCAAUCUCCGGACUCGUUUAAUUUCGGAUGAAUCUGCCACCUCCACCAAUUGCGCGACAAGGCUGCUGUUUGCACUGCUUUGUGUGGCUGGCUUCGAACUCCAUCGAAAUAUCUCUCGCGAAGACUGGCGAUUAAAACAGAAAUUGCAACUAGCCGUAUCCUUCUAUGGCCAAGAGUUCAUGUUCUCUCCGCCCACUCACCAUGAUUCGGUCGUCGUCUCUCUUUUCCUAUCCGACUAUAAGCCAACAGCUUUGGCUACCAUGCAAGGAAUCGCACACAAGACAAUAAAGUCAGAGAUAUACAUUAACAUCGCAUAUGGCGUCUUUCACCGACUGGAAGCAGUAAACGGAGAGGGAAACCAAGACCUCAGCAGACUAAAUGCCGCAGACUAUGAAACAUUUGAAAAGUGCCUCUUUGACUCCAUUCAAGGAAUUCAGAUGGUUUCAAAUCAUGCAACAGUAGACGGUCUGAUAAAGAAACCACUUCAAAGUCUACGCCAUUUGACCGUUUACAUGAAAACCCGCGUUGACGUGUACCAAAAUGCGCUGAAAGUCCGCCAGUGCACGCCACGGGCGAUCUAUCACAUUCAAUGGGCGACAUCAACCUACAUCCUAUUCCAAAUGCUGGCAGAAGCCAAACAGAGCCUGCAUGAUCCGGGCCGCUUCAUCGAGCUUACAGAAGAGACUGAAAAAAGAUGCUUGGAACAGAUCAACUACACGAAAUCUCUACUUGCUGUCGUGCAGUACGGCGAUAACGAGGAAAUAGCGGCCGUGCGCUCCUUACUAGAGCUUCGCUUUCACACAGUGCAGAACUGGAUAAUCGCAUUGGGAUUUCUUUACACGUCAAGUCUAGGGACAAGAUCGCAAGAAGGAGGAGGAGCCAAUCGGAGGAAUUCGGACAUAUGUCGCGACGAAACCAUUCAAAUCACCUCACAGAUCACGAAUAUCUUGAAAAGGCCAGAGGAGCGGUCGAAUGACUACUUUAAAGAGUAUCUGGAACGUUACGGCUCGGCCUAUCCCGACGAAUUAUCCUCGAUUCUAGAGAAGUUCGUCGGAUGUUCAAAGCUGAAGCUGCACGGCAUUGAUUUCCACCCGCCGCCGAGGUAUAUCUGCCUGGAAAACGUAAUAUUUUGCAAAAACAUCCUCGAAAAUAAUAUCGUCCAGAUCAAAUGCUCUGGUCACCUGCAGUCAGGGUUUUGCACCCAACUUGGUCUUUUCCAGAAAUGCGCCGAGGCCCUCGCCAACAUGGCCUCGUCGUCGAUUCUUACCGUUGACGCUGCCUUCGCCGGUGGGUGCAUUUAUGCAAUGAGUAGCAAGAUCGUCUUCGGACUCCUGGGACUGAUGAAAAGUUUGCAAAACGACUUUAAGUCUUCGGCGGGCAAGGGAAAUAUUGAACUGGUAGAUGCCAUUAUUGCAUCAGCGGAGUAUGAUGGGUUACCUAGUGUUGAUCUUGAUCAGUUCCAGUUCCCGGAGAAGAUGGACUCGGAAGUUUGGCCUUCUGCUGAACCUUUCGGUCAGGUGGAGGCUUUUUCAGAUUCGUUUGAUUGGACUUCCUUGCUCAAUCUUGAUGGUUCUGAAUUUGAAGUGGAAAAUGCAGCUUGGUUGGGUGGUAAUCUUGCGUAG